AAUGAAAAGAAAAGAAGGAUGGAAGGAUGGAAUAUAUAUAAAUGAGAUUCCCGGUUAAGUUUCAAUCACUUAGGCGCUGCAGCUACAAGGUUGCUCCUAAGUCUUAACGGCCAAAUCAAUUUCUUGUGCUUUCAAUUUUGAACUCAACAGUCAAUCGAGGGAGGGAGAGGCGAAAUCAAAAUCAGAUGAUACCUCUACAGCUUCGUUUACUUCCUAAGCCCCCUUUCUCCGAGAAUCCUAACCUCUCCCGCACCACCAAUUUCGACCACUCACACCCCAUCUAUAUCAAUGGCGCCCAUUCUCAAUCUCUCUCAUUCAAACCCCCCAACUGCUCUUCUUCCAACCGUAAAAGGGCUCGGUCGCAGCCCCUCCGUUGUAAUGGGUCCGAUAAGGAGACUGCGAAAACUACGGCCUUGAACACCAAAGAAAGCAGCGGCGGCGGCGGCGGUGGCGGUGGCGGCGACAAUGGAGAUGGUGGCGAGACGGAAGGGAGCGGUGGGCUCUUGCCAGAGUGGUUGAAUUUCAGUUCAGACGACGCCAAAACAGUUAUUGCGGCGUUUGCCAUAUCGCUAGCCUUCAGAUCGUUUGUGGCUGAGCCUAGAUAUAUUCCUUCUUUGUCUAUGUAUCCUACGUUUGAUGUUGGAGAUAGAAUUGUAGCUGAAAAGGUCUCCUAUUAUUUUCGGAAACCCUGUCCAAAUGAUGUUGUAAUUUUUAAAAGCCCACCCGUGCUGCAAGAAGUUGGGUAUACAGAUGAGGAUGUCUUUAUCAAGCGGAUAGUUGCAAAAGAAGGUGAUACUGUAGAGGUUCAUGAUGGAAAGUUGAUCGUCAACGGGGUUGUGAGAAAUGAAGACUAUAUUCUUGAAGCACCAAAAUACGAAAUGACACAAACUCGUGUACCGGAGAACUCUGUUUUUGUUAUGGGGGAUAAUCGCAAUAAUAGUUAUGACUCACAUGUCUGGGGUCCCCUUCCUUCAAAGAAUAUCAUAGGAAGAUCUGUAUUCCGGUAUUGGCCUCCGACUAGAGCUGGUGGCACAGUAUUGCCGGAGGGCUGUGCCAUUGACAGGAAGGGUACUACUGCAGCUAGUCAAUGAUACCGGAAAGGUGCGCUUAUAAUGUUUUUCUCUUGCAAUAUCGGGAUAUGCUUUUACCAAGGCAAAGAAGGAACAGAAAAGCAAUGGUUCAUGGAUUCGUAAACUUCUGGAAGAGUUUUUUCUUUUUUCUUUUUUUUUUUUAUAUUUUUUUUUUGAAUGAGAUUGGUGAAACACAUAAUUGAGACCUCUAUUCAUUAUGUUUUAUCUGAAGCAAGUAGAUCUAAUUUUUGUAAGUAUUCAUGCAUUUUGCUAAAACUUGUUUCUGCCAUGGAAAAUGAAAAAUUCCAGCUUAGCUAAUGCCUUCCCAAA